CGUCUCUGAACCUUCCUCUCUGAGUCUGUUUCUGUCACAGUGAAGAGUGGAGACGAAGCUGAGCGGAACAGGAUGCAGGCUAUCAAAUGUGUGGUCGUGGGAGAUGGAGCGGUGGGAAAAACAUGUCUUCUCAUCAGCUACACAACCAAUGCCUUCCCCGGGGAGUACAUUCCUACAGUAUUUGACAACUACUCAGCUAAUGUGAUGGUGGACAGCAAGCCAGUCAAUCUGGGACUCUGGGAUACAGCUGGACAGGAAGACUAUGACAGGCUCCGCCCACUGUCCUACCCACAGACGGAUGUUUUCCUGAUCUGUUUCUCCCUGGUGAGCCCAGCAUCCUAUGAGAACGUCAGAGCUAAGUGGUACCCCGAAGUUCGCCACCACUGCCCCUCCACACCCAUCAUCCUGGUGGGCACCAAGCUGGAUCUGAGGGACGAGAAGGAUACCAUUGAGAAGCUGAAGGAAAAGAAGCUGGCACCAAUCACCUACCCUCAGGGUCUGGCUCUGGCCAAGGAGAUAGACGCAGUGAAGUACCUGGAGUGCUCAGCCUUGACCCAGCGCGGUCUGAAGACUGUGUUUGAUGAGGCCAUCCGAGCUGUGCUUUGCCCCCAGCCCACCAAAGUCAAGAAGAAGCCCUGCUCACUGCUGUAAAUGGACCAGGAAGAGGAAAAGGAGAGAUUCAGACUGAUGACCUGAGGUUGAAGAAGAUUUUAAAGUUCUGUUUAUGUUUCCAGUAGAAAACUACAACUAGAUUUCCACUGGUUAAAAAAACAAUGCUUGUGCAGUUAUAACAAAAUGGUAGCAAACCUUUGUACAGCUUACUUAGAGACUGAUUUUUGAAGUGCAUUAUAAAAACUGCACUAAAUUUCCUCUGUAAAAUACACCAAUUUAUCAGAAGAAAUCACUAUAUGUGGAUGCAACAGACUGCCCCAGUUGACACACUAUAGACUCACCCUGUUAGCUUAAAUGUACUGUAAGACCAGGAGCAGAAUGUACCAAAUUCCUGCACACCAGACCACACCUCACUGCUCUCAGGUGUCUUGUGCAGCUUCAAAUAAUGAUAAUAUUUCUUACUGAGUGCAAAGAUGCAAUAAGAUCGCUUCAUAAUGUCUUACAAGUGUUGUACUGAGAGUGAUGAACAACGACAAAACAUAAGAAUCAGGAAUGUAGUUUUUGUAUGAGCAGGGAGCAGAACAAUGUUGUAUUUGAAUAAAGGUUAUUAAGAAACGUUUUAUUUGUUGUGAUAUUAAAAUAAAAGACAUUUUAUCAAGUAAAA